AAGCGAGGAAUGAUGAUUGUUAAAAUUGAAAAUUACGUAGUUUGCCCACCCUGAAAACGUUGAUAAGUUAAAGAUCAAACCACAUUUGAUACACAUCAGGAUUUAGGAAUGAAAAUCUACUACAAUUUUCGUUCAUGCUUAUAUUCGAUCAGAGUUUGAUAAAGUCAACGCAAAAAUUGAAAAGACAACACAAAAAAAGGAAGAAAACGGAGGGUUGAAAUCAUGAGAAAAGUUGUUAUUGUUUGUGUCAAUGGGACAAAUGACCACCUGAUGGAUAUGAUCCAGUGUAAUGACGCCAAGGCGCGAAACUUUAUAAGAUUAUUCAACUACAUAAUGAAAGUCAUGUUAAAACCACGAGAAGUUAAACUUGAAUCCUAACUUCAUUAGUAUUUUCUCUGAUAGCAUAUUUUUUAAUUUUGUAAAUAUGCAUUAAAAUGACCUCUAAGCGAAAAUCUAAAAGAUGUUGAUCGUCCAGCUUUGUGCACUCCUGAAAAGAAUUCUUGGUGUUGGUGUGUUACUUGACUCUGAUGAUCAAAGGAUGUCAAAAUAUCAAUCAUUUACAACACCAACAGUCGUUUUCAGGACUGCUCUAACCUAGAAGAUCUACAUCUACAAGCAAUUAGCUUUACUCAUGUUUUAUUUUUCACCAUCAUCUCCUGUAGGAAAGGGAGAAAAAAUGUUAAUUAUACUGAUAUGAGCUCCAAUUGUGAAAGUGAUGGUAAUGUAUUAUGAUUUUGAAGUUGAUUUUGAACCACAAACAAAGAAGGCGAAGCAUAAAGAGAAGGAAAUGAACAAAGAGAAGAAAGGCGAGAGAAGGCCUUCCGUCCGUGAAAAGUUGUACCAAAGAGAUAUAGAAAAGGCAAUUGAAAUGUCGUUAAUAAGUACACCUUGUGACAGAAAGGAUAAUGAUGUUGGACAAAAUGAAAGCAGUCUUAUCAAAAUAAACAUUGAAAGUAUUGAUGAUGAUGCACGCGACACCUGCGAUGCACGUGACACCUGCGAUAAGAGUAGUGCUAAAGUGAACAAGAUUCAUGACAAUGAUGUCGAAAGUGAUUCCAAUGAAGAAAAAAUUGUGAACCUGAAGAAAGGCAAGAAAAUGUCUGGUGGGAGUCAUAUGUUUUCCGAGUCAUCCGACUACAAAUGCACCCCUGUUGUUGGUACAAAGGAGAAAAAGUCAUCACCUAUAAAUUCUUCGAAAGAGAACGUUAAGCAUUUGAAAGAUGAAGGGAAAAUUUCCACAUUUUCUUGCGUUGGUACAAAGGAGAAAAAGUCAUCUCCUACAAAUUCUACCAAAGAGAACGUUAAACAUUUGAAAGAUGAAGGGAAAAUUUCCACAUUUUCUUGCGUUGGUACAAAGGAGAAAAAGUCAUCACCUGUAAAUUCUUCUAAAGAGAGCGUUAAGCAUAUGAAAAAUGAGGGGACAAUCUCAACAUUUUCUUCACCUAAACUGUUUACAAACAAAACCAGCGGUUCUUUUUUUCUUGGCGGUGUUAAAAUUAAGAAUCCAGGUCCGCCAUUACGUGUAGGGCUAUCAAGAAACCAUAAAGUAAAACCGCUUCACAAUAACGUUACGCUUUCUCAAUAACAACUUACUUACACCAAAAUAUUUUAUCUCUGUUUUGAUAAAAUAUGUGAAAUGAGUUGUAGGUGAUUUGUAAAUAUUUCAAUGUAUAAUAAACAUUGUAAUUAUACACUAAAAAAAACCUCAAAACAUGUCGUUAUGGCCAA